AUGUUCGCAGAGCGGAAACGUCAGCGGGUUCCGCAGUUAGCAGAUGCUGAACUGUGCUCCGAUUGCAGUCGCAUGGAAUCAGUCGAUGCUGGAGUGCAAUGGCGGCUGCCAGCGGAGCGCCAAGCUAUUAUUUCCGCUCUCCCUUCUCUCACCUCUCGGUUUCAUGAUUACUGCGCCCUUUCACUUUGCAGUCCGUACGGGCUCUCAACCGUAAAAUUCAACCAGAACACGCAAAUGCUCAUCCAUCCUUGUAUUGCCAAUGCAACCAUCCUUGUAUCAUGGUCACUUGGGCCACCCGUGUCGUCUGACAUCAUGCUUCCAACCGGCCCUUCCAAACUUGCCAUUCGGUUCAUUGAUUCGUUCGAUUCGUCAGGCUAA